AUGAGCGAAAUUAAAAAAGUUAUAGUAGUCGGGGCUGGGGGCUACUUGAACCCCGUUGUUAUUUCGUCUUUGCAGUCGCAUGGAUUCUCUGUCUCUGUUCUGGUCAGAGACACUUCGAACGUUGUGUCUCCCGCCGGAACUACGGUUUAUCGCACCGAUUAUUCAGAAUCUUCCCUUUUGCUCGCGUUCAAGGGCCAAGAUGCCGUUGUUAAUACAAUUACAAUGCCGGACUUUGAAGUGCAGAAGAAAAUGAUUGAUGUCGCCGUUUUGGCUGGGGUGAAGCGGUUCAUACCGGCGGAAUUUGGCAUUGAUACCUCCAAGGAGGAAACGGUCGAGAUCAUGACCUUUUUGAAGAUGAAGCCUCGGAUUAUACAGUACCUUCGAUCUAUCCAAGACAAGAUAACUUGGACGGGGAUUAUAACCGGACCCUUUUUUGAUUGGAGCCUACGCCAAGGAUUCUUCUCAUUCAAUGUCCCAUCCCGCACAGCGUACAUCCACCAGCCUGGGUACCAUACGCACCGUUUCAGUUGGUCGAACUUGGCAAACGUCGCAGAGGCUGUGGCGCAUGUCCUUUUCUCCAAAAAUUUUCCAAUCGUGGACAACCGAUACGUGCAUGUGAGAUCAUUCAAUGCAAGCCAAGAUGAGAUUUUGGAGUCGCUCGUAUCGGCUACGAAACGAGUGGAUAUCGCAAGAGGCCAGGCGGAGUGGAAGAUUGUUGAUGUUGACCUUGAAGAGAAAGUCUUAGAGGCGCGGAAUAAGCUGGCUCAGGGCGACACUGGCGGCCUGGGCUAUAUCCUUAGUAAAGCCAUCUAUCAUACUGGAGGUAAUUACGAUGAAGAGGGCGUCGUGAUGAACGAACACCUAGGCAUGAAGCUGGAAGAAGGCCUGGAUGCCACUGUCGAACGAGAAGUGGCGAGGCUGUUGUCUUGA